CGAAAAAACAAUCGGCAUUGAGAAAAACAGAUAUAUUUUCCCGAUCCUAUUUAAAGGGAAAACGCCAGGCACCGGGACCCAGCCGCAGAGCCAGAGUCAGGGAGUGCAGUUCAGCUUGAAGCCUACCGAGCAGACAUGGUGUCGCCGGUCACAGUGGUGAAGAGUGAAGGCCCCAAGCUGGUGCCCUUUUUUAAAGCCACUUGUGUCUAUUUCGUCCUCUGGCUGCCAACUUCCAGCCCUUCCUGGUUCAGUGCCCUCAUCAAGUGUCUGCCCAUCUUCUGCUUAUGGGUUUUUCUGCUGGCACAUGGAAUCAAUUUCUUAGUCGCACAUCAAAGCGCCAGUAGGAUCUUAGCAGGGUUAAUAUUCUCCGCAGUGGGGGAUGCCUUCCUCAUCUGGCAGGAGCAAGGCUACUUUGUUCAUGGUCUGUUGAUGUUUGCCAUCACACACAUCCUGUACUCCUCAGCAUUUGGGAUGAAGCCUUUGGACCUGAAAGCCGGCUUUGUGAUGACCCUCGUUUCUAGCUUCUGCUACACCUUCCUCUACUACUACCUCUCAGGCCCCUUCACCUACCUGGUAGCUGUCUAUAUCGCUUUGAUUGGCUUCAUGGGGUGGCGCGCCAUUGCUGGCGUGCAGCUGUGCAAUGAUCUCUGGACUUGGACCAAGCUUUCGGCCUGUAUUGGCGCAGUGCUUUUCAUGGUGUCAGAUUUAACCAUUGCAGUUAACAAGUUCUGCUUCCCGGUGCCCUACUCACGUGCCAUCAUCAUGGCUACUUACUAUGCAGCCCAGAUGCUCAUUGCACUCUCAGCUGUGGAGAGCAGGGAUGAAGAGGACUUCAAAAGGAGGAAUUAGACGGGACACCAGCAGGCUCAUGAACUGCAUGGAUUAUAACUGGGGUGCUGUCGCAGCAUUAGUCGCUGAGGGAUAUCUCCAUCUCUCAAGGUGCAUUGAUGAUAGAGAUUUUGCCUCUUUGAAGCAUUAUCUUUGGGGGUUUUUAAUCUGACUCUCCUUGAAUGUAAUUUACUUCAGUGUGGAGACCACAUUGGAGAAUUUAGACUGCUCCUACAGUACCUACUCAUUGACCUUUUCCUCUUGGACGCUUCAGGAGUCCUCUUUAAUACCACAUUAUAUUUGUUAAUCCUGAAGGUGGUUCUGAAUGUUAUGGAGGGAGAAGGCUAAUUUAAAGAGACCAUGAAAAGAAGCUAGGCAGGUUAAGAGGCUGCCUUUGACCCUGGACACACACAUGUCCAAAUCCCAGCUAAGGUGAUAGGGUGACCAGACAGCAAAUGUGAAAAAUCAGGACAGGCGGGGAUGGUGGUAAUAGGAGCCUUU